AAGAAAUUCUGCUGACAUCAUUGACUCUUUUCUCAGAUUCCUUUCCUUCGGUCUCCCUUUCCUCUCUCCUUCUCUCUCCAGUUCAUUCAGGAUCUCGAGUUGGCUGCUAAUUCUUUGUUCUGUUAUGACAACACCUAGCAAGAAGACUGCAUAUAUUGAUCUUUGCAGGGUCCGUGGGUAUCCCUCCUUGCACCUGAACUGAAGACAAAUUAAAAAACAACAACAACAACAAAAAAAAAAACCCAACAAUACUCCCUGGCCCAUUUCUUGGAGAGGAGGGCUGUUGAGAGGAUCAAAUGAGAUAAUAAUUGUAUGCUACCUGAGAUAUUGAGACACCAAGGUAUUGAAAAUGGAAACUAUUCACAUCAAUAUGUCCAACACUCCUCUUGUGAAUCAUACAACUAAUUCUGAACUCAAGACAAAGAGGCCUAGAGUCAUGUCAAAAAAUGGACAUAGCAAUGUGAGGAUUGACAAAGUUGAUGGUAUCUAUUUACUUUACCUUCAAGACUUAUGGACAACUGUUAUAGACAUGAAGUGGAGAUACAAACUCACCCUAUUUGCUGCAACUUUUGUGGUGACCUGGUUCCUAUUUGGAGUCAUCUAUUAUGUGAUUGCAUUUAUUCAUGGGGAUCUGGAACAGAAUGAGCAUUCCCCAAAUCAAACAGCCUGCAUCAUGAAAGUCAACUCCUUAACUGGAGCAUUUCUCUUUUCUUUGGAGUCCCAGACAACUAUUGGAUAUGGUGUCCGUUCCAUUACUGAGGAGUGUCCUCAUGCCAUUUUUUUGCUGGUUAUUCAACUGGUUGUCACAACGUUGAUUGAGAUCUUUAUCACUGGUACUUUCCUGGCCAAAAUUGCAAGACCUAAAAAACGGGCUGAGACCAUUAAGUUUAGCCAUUGUGCCGUUAUUACAAAGCAUAAUGGUAAAUUAUGCCUGGUGAUUCAAGUGGCCAACAUGAGGAAAAGUCUCUUGAUCCAAUGCCAGCUUUCUGGAAAGCUUCUCAAGACUCAUCUCACCAAAGAAGGGGAAAGGAUAUUACUCAACCAAGCCACUGUCAAGUUUCACGUGGAUUCUUCUUCUGAAAGUCCCUUCCUUAUCCUACCUAUGACAUUUUAUCAUGUACUGGAUGAGACGAGCCCCUUGAGGGAUUUGACAUCACAAAAUCUGAAAGAAAAAGAUUUUGAAUUGGUGGUUCUCCUCAAUGCCACAGUGGAAUCCACUAGUGCUGUCUGUCAGAGCCGAACAUCUUAUAUCCCAGAGGAGAUUUACUGGGGAUUUGAAUUUGUACCUGUGGUAUCUCUUUCAAAAAAUGGAAAAUAUGUGGCUGAUUUCAGUCAGUUUGAAGAAAUCCGAAGAAGUUCAGAUUCUACAUUUUACUGUGGAGACCCAGAAAAACAAAAACUUGAAAUGAAAUAUAGGCAAGAAGAGCAAAGAGAGAGGGAACUCAGGACAAUUUUGUUACAACAGAAUAACAUUUGAUUACACUGGAAUCUUAAAAUGAUAACUUUACAAGCUAAUUCUCCAAAUUAUAAAAGGUUAGGAAUCUGUAGAAUGCAAACUCUUGGAGGAUAGAAAAUGUAUCACUUCUGUCUUUCUCUCUCUUGCUCCUAAUAUGGUACCUUGUAUGUUAUAGGUAUUUAAUAAAUAUUUGUUGAAGUAAAUUAUUGUAUCUACUAUAAGGCUAUAAUUUAUAAACAUUUGACAGUGAUCUACAAAAAAAGCUUUGAGGUAGAGAAAAAUUGAUCCUUUUUUAUAUCUGGUCAAAUCAAUUAUUUUUCUCUGUAAAAAAAUUCUCUGAGUGUACUUAACAUGCUGUUUUCAAAAUCACUCAAAAAUAAAAUUUUCUAAUGAUGUGGAAGAAUUUGUGAAAACUUAAUCAAAUAUGGUUUAAAUAAUUUCACUCAUUCAUAGAAUUGAUAGAGAUUAAUGGAAUAAAUAUCAAAAGGAAACAGGAUUAUUUAAGGAUAAUUAGCAAAAUAAUUAUAUAAUAUACAUAUUUGUGUGAUUCAAAGAAUGACAAAAUAUAUAAAAAUCAUGUAGUCAUAAUUUAAAAACUUGUUCCUUAGUCUUAGGAAAGAGAAAAUUAUGUGUGUGUAUUGCUAAGAGACUAUGUGCUUUUUAAGAGAAAUUCUUAAAAUUAUUAGUUUCUUAUUGUCAUUUGUUUUUUUUACCACUUACAUACUUAAUGAUUUGUCUUAUAUUUAAUAUCUAGAGUGGUAAAACAAAAUGGAAAUUAACUCUGAUAGAAACCUAUUUCUUCAAGAUGUCACUUGUGGGGUGUUUUAGAAAUGUAUGUGUCCAAUGUAAUUUGUUCAUCUAUGGAAAACAUGAAUGGUUGAACUUU